AUGGCCCAGAUCCGAGCCGCGAACAGCCCAGUUUUGACUUCGGCUUCUUCGCGCCUCAAUCGUUCGUGCCGCCCAGAUCUGAUUUCGGUCUCCUACGCCGAGUCUCCCGCGUUCGCGCCGCCCAGAUCUGAUUCCGGUUUCCCACGCCGAAGCCGCCCGCGUUCGAGCCGCUUCGUCCGAACCGACCAGCGCCGCUCCAGACGCGUCUGCACCGGAGCCGCUGCAGCGCAAUCGACUGGAUCUGCGCUGGAUUCUUCCUGUCCCGCCGCCGUUGCUCAUGUCGUCAUCAAAUUUGUCAACUUGGGUAUUAAGGUGUUAUUUGUGAAGUUGGAGUUGUUUAGCAGAUUUGGGGUGCCUCAUGUCACACCUUGGUUUGUGUCUCCUUUGGGAUUCACCAGUUUUGUGUCUCAUUCGGGAUUCACCAGAGGCAGUAGGAUAGAACCCAGUCUCCUGUGUCCCAUGAGGACCAGAGAAGUUUAUAUGUUUCACCAUAGGUAAGGGUAGAGAUGCACCGGUGAUGGACAAGCAGAAUUCGUGAUCGAGCCACUAGGACUAGU